CGGCCGCGCUGAGUCCCCGACCUCCGGGAGCGCGCUGGGCCGUGGCGGCCCGCUCCGCGGCCGCCUAGCCGACAUGUCGGCGGCCAAGGAAAACCCGUGCAGAAAAUUUCAGGCCAACAUCUUCAACAAGAGCAAGUGUCAGAACUGCUUCAAGCCCCGCGAGUCGCAUCUGCUCAACGACGAGGACCUGACGCAGGCAAAACCCAUUUACGGUGGCUGGCUGCUCCUGGCUCCAGAAGGCACCGACUUUGACAACCCAGUGCACCGGUCACGGAAAUGGCAGCGACGAUUCUUCAUUCUUUAUGAGCAUGGCCUCCUGCGAUAUGCCCUGGAUGAGAUGCCCACCACCCUCCCUCAGGGCACCAUCAACAUGAACCAGUGCACAGAUGUGGUGGAUGGGGAGGCCCGCACAGGGCAGAAGUUCUCCCUCUGCAUCCUGACACCUGACAAGGAACAUUUUAUCAGGGCAGAAACCAAGGAGAUCAUCAGUGGGUGGUUAGAGAUGCUCAUGGUGUAUCCUCGAACCAACAAGCAGAACCAGAAGAAGAAGAGGAAGGUAGAACCACCUACCCCACAGGAACCUGGGCCUGCUAAAAUGGCCGUUACUAGCAGUAGUGGCGGCAGCGGUGGUAGCAGCAGCAGCAGCAUUCCAAGUGCCGAGAAAGUCCCCACCACCAAAUCCACGCUCUGGCAGGAAGAAAUGCGAGCCAAAGACCAACCUGAUGGGACCAGCCUGAGUCCAGCUCAGAGUCCCAGCCAAAGCCAGCCUCCUGCUGCUUGCACGCCACGGGAAACAGGGCUAGAAAGCAAAGAAGAUGAAAGCACCAUAAGUGGGGACCGUGUGGAUGGUGGUCGGAAAGUACGGGUAGAGAGCGGCUACUUCUCCCUGGAGAAGGCCAAACAGGACCUGAGGGCUGAGGAGCAGCUGCCCCCACUACUCUCCCCACCCAGCCCCAGCACCCCACACAGCAGGUAUGGUUGUCCUGGAUCGCCUUCACAGGAACUCAGCCACUCCCUUCACUCCCCAGGUCUUCCAGCCCCAAGCCGCAUGGUCUACAGCAUCUGCCCUGACAGCCUGGGUGAGGCCAGCAGGCCACCCAACCACAUGGACUCCAGCAGUGCUGGGGGGUGGGGAACAGAGAUACUGGGGAGCACCUUUGCCUUUAAAGCCAGCAGGCAGUAUGCCGCCCUGGCCGACAUCCCUAAGGCCAUCCGGAUCAGCCAUCGAGAAGCCUUCCAGGUGGAGAGAAGGCGGUUGGAGCAUAGGACUCGGGCCCGGAGCCCUGGCAGGGAAGAGGUGGCCCGUCUGUUUGGCAACGAACGGAGGAGGUCCCAGGUAAUUGAGAAAUUUGAGGCCUUGGACAUUGAAAAAGCAGAGCACAUGGAAACCAACAUGCUGAUUCUGACCACUCCAUCAAGUGACACUCGUCAGGGCCGCAGUGAGAGACGGGCCAUCCCUAGAAAGCGGGACUUUGCCAGCGAAGCCCCCACAGCUCCUCUCUCAGAUGCUUGUCCCCUGUCUCCACACCGAAGAGCCAAGUCAUUGGACAGGAGGUCCACAGAAUCCUCCAUGACGCCUGACCUGCUGAAUUUCAAGAAAGGCUGGCUAACCAAGCAGUAUGAGGAUGGCCAGUGGAAGAAACACUGGUUUGUCCUGGCAGAUCAGAGCCUGAGAUACUACAGGGAUUCCGUGGCUGAGGAGGCAGCUGACCUAGAUGGAGAAAUUGACUUGUCCACUUGCUAUGAUGUCACUGAGUAUCCAGUCCAGAGAAACUAUGGCUUUCAGAUACAUACCAAGGAGGGUGAGUUUACCCUGUCAGCCAUGACAUCUGGCAUACGACGAAACUGGAUCCAGACCAUUAUGAAACAUGUGCUCCCAACAUCUGCCCCAGAUGUGACCAGCUCAUUGCCUGAGGGAAAGAAUAAAAGCACAUCUUUUGAGACCUGCUCAAGGCCAAAUGAGAAGCAAGAAGCUGAGCCAGGAGAGCCAGAUCCUGAGCAGAAGAAGAGCCGUGCUCGAGAGCGGAGGCGGGAGGGUCGCUCCAAGACCUUUGACUGGGCUGAAUUCCGCCCCAUCCAACAGGCUCUGGCUCAAGAAAGGGCCAGCACUGUUGGGUCUUCUGAUUCUGGUGACCCUGGGUGUCUUGAAACCGAGUCAGGUGAGCUGGAGCGUGAACGAGCUCGUCGUCGAGAGGAGCGCCGCAAGCGCUUUGGGAUGCUGGACACCAGUGAUGGGCCAGCGAUGGAGGACACCGCCCUGCGUAUGGACAUUGACCGGAGCCCGGGGCUGCUAGGAACCCCUGACCUCAAGACACAGAAUGUCCACGUGGAAAUUGAGCAGCGGUGGCACCAAGUGGAGACCACCCCUCUCAGGGAGGAGAAACAGGUGCCCAUUGCCCCUCUGCACCUAUCCUUGGAGGACAGAAGUGAUCGGCUCUCCACACAUGAGCUCACCUCUCUGCUAGAGAAGGAGCUGGAGCAGAGCCAGAAAGAAGCCUCGGAUCUUCUAGAGCAGAACCGGCUUCUGCAGGACCAGUUGAGGGUGGCCCUGGGCAGAGAGCAGAGUGCCCGGGAGGGCUAUGUGCUGCAGACUGAAGUGGCCACCUCUCCAUCGGGUGCCUGGCAGAGGCUCCAUAGAGUCAACCAAGACCUCCAAAGUGAGCUGGAAGCUCAGUGCCGGCGGCAGGCGCUCAUCACACAGCAGAUUCAGACUCUGAAACAUAGCUAUGGGGAGGCCAAGGAUGCAAUCCGGCACCAUGAGGCUGAGAUUCAGACCCUGCAAACAAGACUUAGUAAUGCUGCUGCAGAGCUAGCCAUUAAAGAGCAGGCUCUAGCCAAGCUCAAGGGUGAGCUGAAGCUGGAGCAGGGCAAGGUUCGAGAGCAGCUGGAGGAGUGGCAGCACAGCAAGGCCAUGCUGAGUGGCCAGCUGAGGGCCAGUGAGCAGAAACUCAAAAGUACAGAAGCCCUGCUGUUAGAGAAGACACAGGAACUCAGGGACCUGGAAACACAACAGGCAUUGCAACGAGACCGACAGAAGGAGGUGCAGAGGCUGCAAGAAUGUAUUGCUGAGCUCAGCCAACAGCUCGGUACCAGUGAGCAAGCCCAGCGUCUGAUGGAGAAGAAGUUGAAGAGGAACUAUACAUUGUUGCUGGAGAGCUGUGAGCAGGAAAAGCAGGCACUGUUGCAGAACCUCAAGGAAGUCGAGGACAAGGCCAGUGCCUAUGAGGAUCAGCUACAAGGCCACAUGCAGCAGGUGGAGGCCCUCCAGAAAGAGAAGCUGAGUGAAACAUGCAAAGGCAGUGAGCAGGUACACAAGCUAGAGGAAGAGCUGGAGGCCCGAGAGGCCAGCAUCCGCCAAUUAGCCCAGCAUGUACAGAGCCUCCAUGAUGAACGGGAUCUCAUCAAGCAUCAGUUUCAAGAGCUCAUGGAACGUGUGGCCACAUCCGAUGGGGAUGUGGCUGAGCUCCAAGAGAAGUUGAGGGGAAGGGAAGCUGACUACCAGAACCUUGAGCACUCACACCACAGGGUCUCUAUCCAGCUACAGAGCGUGCGCACUCUGCUGAGAGAAAAGGAAGAGGAGCUGAAGCACAUUAAGGAAGCACAUGAGAGAGUUCUGGAAAAGAAAGACCAAGACCUCAAUGAGGCUUUAGUUAAAAUGAUUGCCUUGGGCAGCAGCUUAGAGGAAACAGAAAUUAAGCUGCAGGAAAAGGAAGAGUGUCUAAGGAGAUUUGUGAGUGAUUCUCCAAAGGAUGCCAAAGAGCCUCACAGUACCACAGACCCAACAGAGGACGACAGUGGCAUUUUGCCCUUAGGCUCAGUCACCAGAGUAUUUCCUGGCUUUCCCCACUCACAACCAGAGGAUGAAGAUCCAAGUACUGGCCUGGGGGAUGAGGGUAGCAGUGGUAGCCUCAGCAAAGAGGAAAACAUCAUACCCCCAAAGUCAGCCGAUAUGCCUGACAGGGAGGGGCAUCUGCAAAGCACAUCUAAGUCUGAUCAGGGAGCACCUGUAAAAAGGCCAAGAAUCAGGUUCUCCACAAUCCAGUGUCAAAGAUACAUACACCCUGAAGGGUGUGCAAAGGCCUGGACUAGCAGCACAUCAUCAGACACCAGCCAGGACCAGUCACCCUCAGAGGAUAGUGUGUCCUCAGAAGCUACCCCUAGCACACUCCCAGCAGCUGCAGAUGCUGAAACGUACAUCUCUAUAAUCCACUCUCUGGAGACGAAGCUCUAUGUCACAGAGGAGAAACUCAAAGAUGUGACUGUGAGGCUAGAAAGCCAGCAGGGGCAGAGUCAGGAGGCAUUGCUUGCACUGCACCAGCAGUGGGCUGGCACUGAGGCACAGUUGCGGGAGCAGCUCCGUGCCAGCCUGCUGCAGGCUAGCGCUCUGGCCUCUCAGCUAGAGCAGGAAAGACAACAGAAGGCCACAAACAUUGAGCAUCACCCUGGGGAGCUGGAAGACUUCCAAGCCAAAAAUAGCCAAGCCCUGACAUGCUUAGAAAACUGCUGGAAAAAGCUAAGGUCUUUGCCAUGGGCCGACCAGGAGGAGGGCCAGGAUGCAUGUGCAGCCUCCCUGGCUAACAUAGAGAGUAUGCUUGUGAGUGCUAUCAAGGCCCUUCAACCAUGGGCUUCCCCUGCAGAGAGCAGGACACAGGCUGAGCAAGAGAAGGGGCAACCCAUGGAAAGUGGCAUGGCAGCCCCUGUGCAGCAGUCCUGUCAGCCUAUCUUGAAUGAGCAGGAGCACAGGAAGCUUCUUUCUGCUCAGAUAGUCCUGGAGGCCUCACUCAUCAACAAGAUAGCUGAUUCUCUAAAAAAUACCACUUCAGAUGUAUAUGGUGUUCUCUGUGAGCUUACUCAGUCAGGGGAGUGGCCACUGAAGGAAGAAGGUGCUGCCCCCUCUGCUGGGGCUUCAAUGGAGAUCUGGGCCAAGAAGGUACUGGUGAAUGGUGAGUUCUGGAGCCAGGUCGAGUCGCUAAGUAAACACCUAGGGACACUGGGAGAAGAAACAGCCUGCACAUCAGGAGACAGGCAGCAGCAUACUCCCCAGAGUCUGGCUGAUGCCACAUGGAUUCGUGCAGAGCUCAGCUAUGCCACACAAUCAGUAAGAGAAGUGUUUCACCAUAGGCUGCAGAGCAUACAGGAGACCCUACAGGGGACCCAGGCAGCCCUACAGCAGCACAAGUGCAUGUUGGGAGAAAUCUUGGGAGCCUACCAAACCCCAGACUUUGAAAGAAUAAUACAGCAGAUCUUAGAAACCCUCAGGCAUCCAACUGGCAGGGAGGACCAGGUACAGACAUCCUGGGAUCAGAGCCCAUUAGGAGAGGUACUGAGGCCAGGCACAGAUGGCUCCCAAGAACCUUUGCAGGCUUUGCAUCAGAGCCCCGAAGUCCUUGCUGCCAUUCAGGAUGAGCUAGCCCAGCAGCUGAGAGAAAAGGCUAGCAUCCUUGAGGAGAUUUCAGCUGCCUUGCCAGUCUUGCCUCCCACAGAGCCACUUGGGGAUUGCCAGAGGCUUCUGCGGAUGUCCCAACAUCUCUCAUAUGAUGCUUGUCUAGAGGGCCUUGGUCAGUAUUCUUCAUUACUGGUUCAAGACGCAAUUAUUCAGGCUCAAGUGUGCUAUGCAGCGUGCAGAAUUCGGCUGGAGUAUGAAAAGGAGCUGAGAUUUUACAAGAAGGCCUAUCAGGAGGCUAGGGGAGCUUCUUGCCAGAACCGUGCACAAGCAGUUGGGGCCCUGAAGGAAGAAUAUGAAGAACUUCUCCACAAGCAGAAGAGUGAGUACCAGAAGGUUAUCGCCCUCAUUGAAAAAGAAAACACUGAGCUCAAGGCCAAAGUGAGCCAGAUGGACCAUCAGCAGAGAUGUCUACAAGAAGCAGAAAGCAAACACAGUGAGAGCAUGUUUGCCCUACAGGGCAGGUAUGAGGAAGAGAUCAGGUGCAUGGUGGAGCAGCUGAGCCACACUGAAAAUACACUGCAGGCUGAGCGUAGCCGGGUUCUCAGCCAGCUAGACGCCUCAGUCAAAGACAGGCAGGCCAUGGAACAGCAUCAUGUGCAGCAAAUGAAGAUGCUGGAGGACAGGUUCCAGCUGAAGGUCCGGGAGCUGCAGGCUGUUCAUCAGGAGGAACUGAGGGCCUUGCAGGAACAUUACAUAUGGAGCCUGCGGGGAGCCCUCAGCCUCUGCCAACCUUCACACCCAGCCCCUGGGUCAUCUGAGUCCAGAGCUGUGCCAGCAGCUAAGGAUGAGGCCGAGUCCAUGACUGGGCUGCGAGAACGUAUCCAGGAGCUGGAAGCCCAAAUGGGUGUCAUGCGAGAGGAGCUGGGCCACAAAGAGCUGGAGGGUGAUGUGGCUGCCCUGCAGGAGAAGUACCAGCGGGACUUUGAGAGCCUCAAGGCUACAUGUGAGAGAGGCUUUGCUGCCAUGGAAGAGACACAUCAGAAGAAGAUUGAAGAUCUACAGAGGCAACACCAACGGGAGCUAGAAAAGCUGCGGGAGGAAAAAGACCGCCUCCUGGCUGAGGAAACAGCUGCCACCAUAUCAGCCAUUGAAGCCAUGAAGAAUGCUCACCGAGAGGAGAUGGAACGCGAGUUAGAGAAGAGCCAGCGGUCUCAGAUCAGCAGCAUCAAUUCAGACAUAGAAGCCCUGAGGCGACAGUACCUGGAGGAGCUACAGUCAGUGCAGCGGGAGCUGGAGGUCCUUUCAGAGCAGUACUCCCAGAAGUGCCUGGAGAAUGCACACCUAGCCCAGGCACUGGAGGCCGAGCGGCAGGCCCUGCGGCAAUGCCAGCGUGAGAACCAGGAACUCAACGCCCACAACCAGGAGCUGAAUAACCGCCUGGCUGCGGAGAUCACACGGUUGCGGACACUACUGACUGGAGACGGUGGCGGGGAGUCCACUGGAUUGCCGCUCACACAGGGCAAGGAUGCCUAUGAGUUAGAGGUCUUAUUGCGGGUCAAAGAGUCAGAAAUUCAAUACCUGAAACAGGAGAUCAGCUCCCUCAAGGAUGAACUCCAGACAGCCCUGCGGGAUAAGAAGUAUGCUAGUGACAAGUACAAAGACAUCUACACAGAGCUCAGCAUUGCGAAGGCCAAGGCUGACUGCGACAUCAGCAGGCUGAAGGAGCAGCUGAAAGCAGCCACAGAGGCAUUGGGCGAGAAAUCUCCUGAAGGCACUACUGUGUCAGGAUAUGAUAUAAUGAAAUCUAAGAGCAAUCCUGACUUCCUGAAGAAAGAUAGAUCCUGUGUUACCCGGCAACUCAGAAACAUCAGGUCCAAGAGUCUGAAGGAAGGCCUGACGGUGCAGGAGCGCUUGAAGCUCUUUGAAUCCAGGGACUUGAAGAAAGAUUAGCUGCAUCCAUUCCACUGACAUCCUUCCCAGCUGGUGGCAGCACAAGCCAAGUGUGGCUUUCAUCUCCAUCUGUGCUUUCUCAUUGUUGCUGUCAUUAACUGUGGGUAUGGAUGCAUGAGAGACUGCUGUGGGGUGUUUGCUCCAUUCCCUCCCUGUUAAUUCCAACUUCCUGUUGUCUUUAUCACAGCUUUUUUCCCCAUGGUAUUCUCAGAUUAGUCACGCGCAAGCAGUAGAGUGGGGAGGUUUCCCCACUGAUACCUGAGCAAGCCCCCUUGUCCUCCCAGCACACUCACUGUCAGUAUUAAGGCACAGCAGCCUGUUAAUAAGCUAGCCCUGCCUCAGAGUGCACAUGUGGGGACCUGCCAGUGGCUCUGCUCUGCUGCACACAGUGGAGCACCACCCUUGCUGGUCAGAACAGAGCCACCGAACAUUCUAGGCUGGCCUGGUUUCUGAAGGGCCUAGGAUAGUGUCCAGCCUGGCCCACUUCCUUUUGAUGUGGGAGGAGGACAGCAUCUUGUAUUUGGCCCACUAAUGCAGCUUAGAACCAUACCCAGAUAAUCCUGGCAAAUCUUUCACAACCUGGAAAAUGUUGAAAGCAACCAUUCCUAUUUUGGUUUUUUAUUAAAUCUUGCACAAAAGCCCCGACCCCUCUCAUUCCUUCCUCCGCUCGUGCCUCUCUUGCUGUGCUAAUCCUGGUCUUCUGGUGGCCAGGAAGAAUGACUUGCAGCCUGAAGCUUCAGACUUGUCAAGUGUGAUGGAGCCUCCUCAAGGUCACCUAGAGGAAACAUGGCUGGGUUUUAAUCUGUCUGAAAAGAAUAUUGCUUGGGGAAGGGUGAGGAGCAGACCGUGUGUGAGACAGACUAUCAGGACUAGUGAAAACAGCAGCAUGUGCUCAGGACUCUGAUCUGUCUGGGCUCUGGAAGGUUCCCUUGAAUUGUCUGCUUCUCAUGGAGCCAUUGACAGGGAGCCUGUGCUAAUUUUGCUUUUCUAGCUGCUGAGUAGGACCUUUCUAACUGCUCAAAGCAUUCUACAGCAUUUACUUGGAAAAAAAAAUUAUUUCUAUUCUAAUAAGCAUUCAUACUGUAAGACGCAGCACACAAGAGGCCCCGUGUCAAAUGGAGAGUCAGUGGCCUCACAACUAAGAUUCACGUCCUGGCUUGUUAGUGUUAAGUGGGUUGGAUGGUCUCUGAGUAUACACAUUGAACCCAUGAGUCCCCAAAUGGUUCUACAUGAGUUGAGGUUCAAGGUCAUUCACAGUGUCUAGCUGGCCUAAUGAUAGGCAGGUCGAAAUUUUAAGAUAAUGGAUUUGUGACAUACCAAAGUGUGCCCCUGACCAGCAGACAAGCCCUGGGCCUCCCCUUUUUUACAAGUUUUUAAGUUGUACACUGGCACAUGCUCAGUGACCAUUUAUGUUUUGGGUAUUAUGGGCAAGUCAGAUCUGUUAAGAUGAGCAGCUGUUGCCGGGCAGUGGUGGCGCACGCCUUUAAUCCCAGCACUUGGGAGGCAGAGGCAGGCGGAUUUCUGAGUUCGAGGCCAGCCUGGUCUACAGAAUGAGUUACAGGACAGCCAGGGCUACACAGAGAAACCCUGUCUCUUGAGCUCAGAGUGGGCUGGCCUUCAGGAGCUGUAGUUCUGGGUUGAGGACUCCUGUUCUCUCUCUUUGAGAGGCUGCCCUUGGGACCCUCUAGCCCCAUUGCAAUUGUGGUUCCUGCAAUGCUACAAAGAGCCUGCUGAAGAUGCCAAGCCUAGCAUUCAAAAGGACAUUUGAUCUUUUGCUCUUCACCUCAGAAUCCUGAGCUUUGCUAAAAAUACAAGUACCUGGGCGUCAGAAGCAAGGGCUAGGAGACAGGCAUGCUGCACUUAAUCUGUCACUCAAGGCUCUUACUCCAGGCUUAUUUUUGCUGUGAUAUAGCACACCACACUGCUCCAGGGCUUGGUUUCAUGUGUGAGUAUUUGAUUAUGUUGGCCAAAUGCUGAAUUGGUACAGGACAGAGAUUCCUGGAUCAUCUCCCACUGUCCAAGCCAGGCUGAACAGUAAUGUGUGGAUCAGGGUGAAUCUUGAGUUUCUUGGUGGUGACACUUCUGGCUUCUGGCAAAAGUGAACCAAACAAGCAGCUGGCCUUCCUGAGUCCCUGAUGGCCAUGCAGGCCCACUGCAGCAGUUUACUUUGGACUGACACAUGUCCUCUGUCCAUUCCCUUCCCGCACUCCCCGAGCCAGGUUCACUUUUUUGCCUGACCUCCCUACAGGCUUCCCAUCCCCUGGAAAGAAGCUGAAGCUGGUGUAUUCAGAGAAGACGUAUCCAAUGUGCAGGUGGAGUUGGUCCAGGCAUAUGUAGAAGAGAAUGCUUGGCUGAGGAUGGGUAGUAUAGAUCAAGAAGUCACAGGCUGCUCCCAGUCCAGUCGGUGGGCAUGCUUUCUUUCCCCACUUGAUGAUAGGAACAGAAUUUUAUUUUCCCAUAAAUACACAUUUGUGAUCUGCCAGCAUCUAGAAGCAAACUGCUAUUACAGGGAACAUACCUGACUUCAUUUGACAGCAAAUGUAAACAUGCUUAAAUUACAUCAUGCUUGUGUGGUGCCUAGCACCAGAGCAAAGAACACAUUUGUCACACAGGGCUACUGGCUGCACCUUUUCCAGUAUGGUUGUGGCCACAAUGCCAGGACCAUGAGAGGAAGCCAGAGACCCAUGAAGUAGGGAAUUACCAGAGGGAAGAAUGCCGGGAAUGUGUGGAUUCACUGAGUGAAAGCAAAGGUCAGGGUUGACCUCCACUGGAUCCAGCAUAACACUGAACUGGGCGUAGUGGUUUAUGUCUAUACUCCCACCACUUGAGGCUCCAAAGUACCAGGUCAGUCUGGACUAUAUAGCAAGACUGUGUCAAAAUACAGGUGAGCUAAGGGGAGAUAUAUAGAUAUAUAUAAAAGUAAAUCUGGGUUCAACCACAGCACUACAGAGAGCACACUUGUGGUCUCUGGAACAUUUGUUCAAAAGGAGCCUGAGGGAUUUGACUAGGAAACAAACCAGGUGUGAAAGAUAUUUGAUUGUGUACUACUAUUAACUUCCCUACAGGGGGAGAUGGUGCACUGACUUAUUUUUACCCUGGAAAUGCAGAGAACUAAGCAGACUCCUCACUGCAGACACCUAGCUGGUGCUGAGGGAAGUAGCUGGAUAGCACACAGCCUAUACUGUGUUGUGUGAACCUGGGCAUUAGCUCAGAUUCCUGCAGGCCUGUCCAAAAGUGGUCUUUCUCCUGACCUCCACCUAUGCCCUGGCUCUCAAAGAUAAGCUGGAUAAGCACCUAGAGGCCCUAUGCAGCCUUCCCACUCAUGCCAUACUCCAUGUCAGUACCCAAUACAAGCUGCACACCAAAGUCUGCUGGCAGCUACAGGUACAAACAGUCCCCAGAUGCAUAGUAACACCCAAACCCCAGACUCUGCUGGUGGAGGAACAGUAAUUACCUCUUGGCUGAUUGUCCUGCACCUGCUAUGCAAGAGGGUUAGCUGUGCUUGCUAUGCUGUAAAGAGGACAUCACCUAUUAAGCUACAUAGAGACUGUCAGUGUAGGGGCUCAAAGCCUUUUUCACAGGAACUCCCAGCAUACUACAGGAUAGCCUGUGGCCCUGCACUUCACUUGCUCAGCCUUUUCUGUAUAUCAGAGCAAGUAAUGUUAAGUAUUUCUAAGACAUGGCACAGGGAUUUUUGUGCAAAGUUUGUGUGAGUUUUUACCCCUUUUGAAGGUAUAGAAAGGCAGCGUUCAGUGCAAAUCCCUCUCAAAUAUCAAGACCGUUAGUUAGCUAGGCAUGGUAGCUCACACAUUUAAUUAGCACUUGGGAAGCAGAGGCAGGCUAAGUUCAAGACCAAUCUGGUCUACAAAGAGAGUUCUAAAAGAACCAGGGUUACACAGCAAAACCCUGUCUAAAAAUAAAACAACAAAAACCGACUAUAUUAAUAAGUAAUGUCUUUUAACGUUUUGGUUACUCAACAGACUCUGAAGAGUGUAUCCUUACCCACACUCCUGGCAAGCCCUAAUUCUUGUUUAAAGUAUUCUGUGAGACUUGCAUGGAGCCACUCAAGGAAAACCAGUAAUAAGGAGGGACUUUCAGCACCCUGCCCUCAGGUUUCUCAGGGUGUUUUUGUUAGAACUGGCUAGAAGCAUAGGCUGCUUCGGGUCCAAGUGCCCAGUUCUGACAACUGCGGGGCUGGACUUGUAUGCAGAGCAGUCCAGCUACCCUGUCUCUAGCUGCCCGACUAUAUAGCAUGAGAUUCCAGGUAGCUCCAUGGCUGUAUUUCUGUACUGGUAAGGAGCUAGCCCAUCAGUAGAGCUAAAAAUGGGACAGUCCAAAACGGAAGGAUUUGAGGGCCUCUCCAGUUUCCCAUGAGUCACAGGUUAGCCUGGAGCAGCUUCCAUUGUGGGGCAGGACUCCAUAGCCAGCAUCUGCCUUAAAGAGAGGCACCAUUGUUAAGAGUCCUAGCCAGUCCACUCCAGCUUGUCAUAGUAGACAUGCCAUUGGCUCAUCUCUCCUCUAGAAGUCAGUCAAACCACACAUCUAAUUUUAUCUUAGCAAGGUAGAUUGUAAAGAACACUAAAUUGACUAUUUUUUGUUUCUGUCACAAACUUUGAUUUAAAUGGAUUUUAAAAAUCAUUUUAAGAUUCACCUUCAGUAUUAAUGCUUAAUUCCAGGAUCCAAAACCAGUUCUGUGGUUACUAACCGAUGUGGCUUUCUGUAGGUAUGCUGUGUAGAAUAUUAAGAACCCCAGUCACAGUGGCUCCUUGACAAUCAGAACUCUAGGUGACCUUCCAUUACUGCUGCUUGACUGGGGAUGGGGGUGGGGUGAGCGUGUGUGAACAGGGUACCUGGCAGGGCCUCUUCACUACAGCGCGACAGAAACAGGCUUGUACCAUCUCACCUGCUAUUUAGGUAUUUUGUUGUGAUACAAUCAGUCCAGUUGCCAGACUAAAAGAAAGCGGAGCCUCACUGAGCCAGACAGGCUUCAAGCACAGCUUCUCAGAGCCAGUUUAGGCUUCCUGUAUAUGCACAGGGUGUGGCUUCCUGCAGAUAAAGUGUCCCCCAACUCCUCCUUCAAGAUUUUAUGGUUCAGUGUAAGGCAUUUCCUACAAAGUUUGUCAUCAGGUUCACUACAAUUGAAAUGUUAAUUUGUAGAAAUAUUUAUUCCUUUGUGUGACAAGCUAGAGUCCUUGGCUGUAGCUAACCAUUUUUAUUGUGUAAAUACUGCUUGGUUUUACAUGAACUGUAUCAUAAUAAACUAUUUUUGCAUUGCCCUCUCCA